CGUAAGAAUAUUGCCAGCUGAAAGUAGGGUUUUUGAUGUAAUCAACGCCAUUUUGGAAUCGAAGAAUCGGACAACGUUGACACAAGAGACCAAACGACAACCCUAUUUUGCAGCAAAAACACUGAAAAAUAAUCAAAAAACAGUGGGCACCCAUUUCGGCCCGUUUUUAACCAUAAGUGAUGUCUCCGUUGACCGGAUGGGAUUCCAUUUGUCGGAUUUGCUUGAAAGAAGGUGAUCUGAGUCCAAUAUUCGAUGGUGAAGAAGAUGUCAGUGCGAAAAUUAUGUUAUGCUCGUCGAUUGAGGUGAAAAAGGGAAUGAAUUUACCCGAACAAAUUUGUGAUAACUGCCUGUCCGACCUGGAAACGGCCUGCAAAUUCCGCAAAAACUGUGAGAGCUCCGAGGCAAUUCUGAAUUCAUGCAUCAUAACGAAUUCCGAGACUCGAACAACGAAUGAAGUGGUCUUCAGCACUGACUCUGGUGAUGUGUACAAAUUUCGCGCUCCGUCCAGUUUGAAUGUGAAACGAAUCAAAAGGGAAUCGGUUUCAGUGCCUCCAGUAGAGAUCAUGGAACCGGAUCCGGAACCCUAUGAAAAGGAACAAGAAUUCGAAUUUAUCGAUCAGAGCACCGUCGAGUAUGUGGAAGGCGAUGACACUCUAGUGGAUGAGGACGAUAACACUGUGUACUACGUGGAACAAUUACACGAAGACGAUCUGGAAUAUUACGAACCCGUUGAUAAAGAUUCCGGUGAAGUAGACGAUAGACCUAUUGUCGAUGCACCAUCAACGGAUCCAUUUAUGUCCGAGCAAUCGAAUAAACAAUUCAAAAACGUUACGCGACCACCGAACAAGUUCGUUCCGAAGCCGGACAGCGAUGUAACGAUUCUCGGUUCGGCCGAAAUUAUAACCAAGGAAAACGGAAAGAAAGUCUACCGUGUGAAGCGAAUGUUCAAGGAAGAAGCGAAACCGUUGAAGCAGUGCAAACUGUGUGGCAAUCAGUACAAGUAUCAGCAUGCAUUGGACUCACAUAUGCGGCGGCAUAACAACGAUAAGCCCUUUGAAUGCGACAUUUGCGGGAAAGCUUUUGUGAUCAACUUCGAGUUAAACCGACACAAACGAAUCCAUAGUGGAGAGAAACCAUACAAAUGCCAGUACUGCGAUCGACGCUUCUCCGACUUUGGUAGUCGCAUCAAACACGAAAGGACACACACGGGAGAACGGCCAUACAAAUGUAACAUCUGUGGUAAGGCGUUCGCAUACUCCCAUGUACUUAACAGUCACAAUUUAAUUCACACCGGCGAGAAGAAAUACCACUGUACAACUUGCGGUAAACGCUUCACCAAAUCCCAUCACCUGAAGGCACACUUAAACAUUCACGAGAAAAACAAAGGCAAUAAGAGCGCAUUGAGUCGACCGAUACCCGAACCGCGCUACUAUACCGAUGUGAUGAAAGUGAUAACACCAUCGGCACGCACAACCGACGACGAUGAUGAAAUGCAUGGAAUGCAAGACGGCGAUAUCAUCCACAGUGAAGGUCUGACGGUUUUAGAAACCGAUGACAUUGACAUCAAGGAAGGUAUUUCGAUGAUUUUCCAAGAUGGUACAAUUGUGCAGACGCACUGAUGGAAUUCGCUUUCGCUGUAGAAAUCGAAACUUUUUAGAAUUGCAUGUUUUUCGUUCGUUCUCGACGUGCCCUGCGUUUUCUUUAUUUUGUAUUUUCUUUACACCAAAAACGAAUAAAAAAUUGAGUUCGCAAUG